UUCAAUGGUAUUAGUGUUUGCAGUACCGUCGUGAAAGCGUCAACAAGAAAUAGCUCUAAAAGCUGACGCGAGUAUGUGAUAUCAAAAGCUAAAUAUAUUAUCAUUUAGAUUCCAAAAUGGUACCAAGUGCAGUAUUCGUUGUUUUGGUUCUUGCUGGAUUCCCCAAGACAAAUGCAGCCGUCUCGAAUGAAGACAUCAGGUCCGCCAUACUGCAAAUCGUCAAUGUCGUUCGAGCCACAGACGAUAAACUGGAACGACACGAAUUCAGAGACAGGGUCGUGGGGGAACAGUUGAAGAAAGGAAUGAUAAACAUCGACAAAAGGAUCAGAAUGUUGGAUCCGCUCAAGGGAACCGCCAGUAGAUUGGACGACAGGUUAGCGGCAGUAGAGACGAUCCUGAUGCAGAAAAACGAACGAGAAAAAAUGCAGUUGCAGAGAACCUACGAGGCGGUUCUUGAUAUACAGCGGAAUUUGCCGCUCGUUAUGGAGCAACUAAAAAAUGAUAUUAUCGACAAGAUUCAAAUCAAUGAACCCCCUGCCCAAAUCUUGGAGCCCGUCAUGUCCAAGAAAGAUUUCGAGAAAGUGGAGAAAGCAGUCAUGGAAAAGAUGGACAAAGUGACAUCCACCAUAAACAAAAUGGAAGGCGAACUCGCCAAAAUAAGAGAGGACAACAAAAAUUUGAACGCCAUAAACGAUAAAUCGUCAGAGAACCUGGACAAGGUUAAGAGGCAUCUGGAUACUAGCGAGCAACUUUUGGCCAAGUUCGAGAGUAAGUUAGCUGAAUACAACAAAGUUCCGGAGCCUCCAAAACCCGACAAGGAACAUGAAGAAUGGAAACAAAACUUUUUGAAAGCUCUGGACGCUCAGAAGUCCCAGGUUAAGGAAGUGCUCUCAGACAUGAAAAACGUCAAAGACAAACUAACUGAGCUACCGAAGAAAAGCGACUUGGGCCUCAUCCAAAACACCACUCUAGAAAAACUAGAGGAAAUAAAGCAAGAAACGAUAAAGCAACCGAACUUGACUUCCCAGCUGCUAACAGACACCCUCGAAGAUAUCAACAAUAACGUGAACACGACUCACGAAGAAACAAUCAGGAACAUCAACGUACUGUCCGACAUCGCCGCCAACUUGGCAGAAAGUUUCGCGGCGAACUACGGAAAGAUCAAAGAGGAGAUGCAAGCUUUGGGAAGAGUCGACCAGGUCAUGAUCAAAACGGCCGACAACGUUUUGGAUACGAAACGCCGGUUUGAGUACGGGGUGCACCAGAUUUUAGCGGAGGUGACUAAACAGAUUAAAGAAAGCACCAAGGAUAUCAACCAAGCAAUCAGUGACAGAUUCGACAAUUUCGAAAUGUCAAUGUUAGAUGAAGAAACAGGCGCUUUGGCUAAUGCGACAUCGAAAUUAGAAGAAGACAUCCAUCAGGUGUGGCGCCAAAUAGGAAUCAUGUACCAACAGAUGACAGCCAGUACUGACACCUUAAACAGACUGCAGAACCAAACCAACACCUACGUGAAUGGUUCUCUAAACGUUAUGGACAACAUGAAAGGAAAGGUCGGACAAAUUACAGGAAUGAUGAGCGACGUAGAAAGUAAUCUGAACUAUUUGUUAGGGAAAUUGUCCCUAGUAACGAAGGAAUUCAACCAAAUCAAAACGGGUCUCGGGAAAGCUUUGGAUCAGAUAAGAGACAGUUUCCACACGGUUCAAGACAAAAUGAAAGAUGCCGGCCCUGGACCCCAUCGGAUUUCGAGCAAUGAAGUUGAUCCGAAUCCAAAGUGAACCGUCUUUAGCAACGAUUGGAAAGCAUAAUUUUAUGUUAGUUUUAAUUUUAUACUUUGAAUAGGGUACAAUAUAAAAGUUAGCUGAAAACGUG